AUGCCCACUGAGACCCGGAAAUCGAGCAGGAAAGCUUCGUCAACUGCCGCUGGUCCUUCCAACAAGAGGCCACGCGAGCCCGAGCAAGCCGUUAGGCGAACUCGAACCAAAAGGACACUUAGUCCAUCCCUCCCCUCGAAGCGCAAGCCUGUCAACAAGAAAUCACGCGCUGCUCCGAUUUCGCCAACCCUGCAACGACAGAAGGCUAAGGCAGACCGGUUGAAGGGCAGCGCUCCUCGUGCCUCUGCGAACCGUCGUGUCAUUGUUCUUGGGAGUGACGACGAGGCUUCUGAUGGCAGUCAUGAAGUCCUGGGCCGCACACUGUUCAAACCUGCGGCAUCUGACGACGAUGAGCAAGAUGAGGAUGAAGACGAAUAUGAAGACGCUGAUGAAGACGAUGACGACCUCGAACAUCUGGAAGGCCGUGCCCUGGUUGAGAAGCUUUCUCGAGAGGCCAUUUCCAUCGACGAUGACGACGAGGUGGAGGCUGACGACCCCGACAGUUCAGAGAAAGAGAAUCGGGUUCCAGGCGAGACUCAAGAGAGCAAUCGUGCUCGCCAGCGACGUAAUGAGGUCCCUCAUUUCACAACCCCUGAUCGCAAACAACCCAGCCUUCCCAACUCGAGUUCCCCCGUCUUUAUCUCCGAUGGUGAAGAAGACAGUGAGCCGGAGACUGGAGGUACUGGUGCCGCUUCAGCUCCUGCUGGACCCCAUCCUCUGAGCGCCAACGACCACAACUGGCCUGUUCAUACCCACCUGGUUCCGCCUCCCCCUGGUGUCCGCAACAUCCGUCUCAAGGAACAACGAUCGGUCAUCAGGACCGUUCUGGCCACCGGCAUCACACGUGCAAUCUACAAGGUGUUGUUCCGGAAUCCGUUCCCUUCCAUCGACGAUGACUAUCGGUACCACCGUGACCUCAUUGUUGAGGUUGCCACCCAGGUUGGCCAGCACGAUGUUGCCAAACGUGUCAAGGAAGAACUUACGUAUGCGCUUGCUCUUGCCCGAGUGAUUGUCCAACGUCUCUCGAACCUGCGGGGAAACUGGAAGCAAGAGGCGGCUCGCAAGGUAGAGCUCCACUACCGCCUCCUUGGCAGCCAGCAGCAGAUCAAAGAACGUGUCGACAAGGUCCUCAGUGGGUUCACCUACGUGUAUGAAGUCAAUUCGAACGACACACCUAUCUUUGCCAAGCCAUUCCUCCACAGUUGCAUCCUCGCUGUCCUUCGACAAUGUGUUUUCACCGAGAAGGGACGUACCGGGUCCCUGGCGCACAAGUACGACAAGGGCUUCCGUACCUUGCCCUCGACUUCUGCUGAUGCUCCACAACGACGUGCUAUUCCUGAUGCCAUGGUCUGCUUAGCGGCUGCAGUGACGCAUGCCGCCCUCGACGACUGGAAGAACGGCAUCCACCAGCCCACCCCCUUUAGUGCUGACACGUACGAAGAUGUCUACAAUGUUCUGGGAGAGGUUCUCGAUACUAUCCGCGAGGCACGACAAGGUGCUGCGUACGACUACCUCAUGGCCAAGAUCUAUACUGAGUGCGGCAAGGGCACAGCCUCAUCGGGCAUUGCAUCUACAAACGAUGCUCUCAAGCUCGUCGACAUCGAAAACAUGCCAGUCUCCGAUGACUAG